CAAGCCUGCUCCUGCUUGGCUCCGGGGCUGGGGUGGGACCAUGGCCGGUCCGACCCUAGCUCCGCGCCAUGGUCCCCCGUGGCGCCCCAUCUCUGGGACCGAGAUGCCUGGGUGCUGGCCCAGCUGGCAUCUCACCAGCAGUGGCGUCGCCCACCACUUUACCCCAUCCGUGCCCUUUCCCCCGCCCACUGUGCAGUCCACGGUCGCAGAUCCCCUGCCCCCGGCCGCAAAGCAGGACUUGCACAUCUGGGCUUUCGACGAGGUCAUCAGCAGAUGGGAGACGACCUCCGGCUCGGCUCACGCGCCCAAGACCCACGGCGGGCCCUACGCGCAGCCCAAGGCCGCAGAGCCUGCUGACCCGACGCAGACUGUGGGGAUCAAGGACUUAGGGGAAAAGCUCAGACACCGCGGCUGGCGCCUCCCUCUGAUCACAAAGCACCAGUGCAGCGAGACGAAGGCGCAGUACACCGGCUGGCCCGGCCUGGACCAGAGCGCCACCUUCUACGUCGGGCCCCAGCCCCUGGAGCUUGCGGACCGCCACCGCGGGGGCCAGUCCCGGGUAGCGGGGUUGAAGGCCGCGCCGACAAAAAGCCCCGACCUGGCCGGCCGGCUUUUCCCAGUAUCCGACCAGGCCAUCCUGGACCGCCAGCAGCUCUAUUUGACCACCUCGGCACGGGACUUCCGGGCCUACCCGAAGAAGGAGUUGUCUAGAUAUCGCCGCAAUGACUCGCUGACCUCCUGGACCUUCGAGGAGACGCCCCAGGCCUAUCCGUGCUCCUCUUGGCCGGCCCGGCCACCGGAGAUCCGCGUGCCCCGUGUCCGCCCGGUGACGCCAGCCGUGCCGCACCGCGGAGCGUUGCCUCUGGCUCAGGAGUCCUACGGACCCCCGCUUCACCCACUGCGCCGGCUCGACCGUUUCUGCCCGCUGGAGCUGCCGUGGGGCGGCCUUCACUGGAAGUCCGUGCCGGGCAUCCACAGCGUGCCGCAAGCCUACCGCACCGAAAACUCCCGCUACGGCAGCUUGAAGCCGGCGCUUGCCUGAGCCGGGC